AUGGUUCAGAAUCUCGUGCCGCUGAAGCGAUCACGCGAAGAGGAGGAUCACGUCGCUGCUGCCGGAAGCGGCGCGAAUGCUGAGUCCAACGGCGGCGGGAGUACCAACGACGAUGGCCAGGGAACUACUCGUCCCCCCGGCCGCUUCCCUGCCUAUCGCGCGGAGGUCGCGGCGUUGGAGAAGAAAGAAGACGACAAGAAGCGGGCGAUGGGGCGAGAAAGCACGCCUCCGCCGCCCAUCAUGCCGCCGGACCGCCGUCCUACGCCGGGCCGCAUCAUCAACGCGCGUGAGGUCAACGAGCACGGUGCCGAGCCCGUGUUUUCGCGCGGCGACCCGGCCGAGUGGCCGAAUGUGCGCGACAAGGACUACAGCCACCGCUUCAGCCGCGACGACGACGACGAUGACGAGGGGCCGCCGAAGAAGAUAGGGAGGCGCAAGAACCCGGAACGCGUGAAGUGGGAGGAGGAGCGGCCGUUGAAGGAUCAGAAUCACAGGUGGCAUGACUUGCACCUGUGCUAUCAGAGAGGACCGAGCGAGCAGCCGCCGACGUACGAUAGUGCUGGGUAUCAGCUUGACUACGAGAAAGUGGCGAACUGGAUGAAGCCGACGCGAAGGGGAAAGAGACCUAGUUGGCAGAAGGAGUCUCAGAGGAUCGAGGAUCAUCAAAGGGUGCAGGAGAGGGUGAGGGAGAUCUUCUUCGAGCCCGGGGCGGCACCACCGAAAGGAAAGGUAAGUCCGGCCAUGCAGUGGACUUGGGUGGAUAGGGUGUCAAAGGACUUGGGGGUUCCGUUCCAUCAAGUGGGUCUGGAGGAGUUCGAGGAGUGGGAGAAGAGGGGAUUUGAAAAGGCGAAGGAGGGGGAUUAUGGGAAGUUUUCGGAGGAGCAGAAUGAGAGGAUGCUGCGAAUAGCCUCCGGCUCCGCGAUGAGGAAAGGAAGUUGCAAGACAAAGAUUUAA